UCGUCUCCUCCGCUUCCGAGGAUUUGAUCUCCUCCCAUGGCGAAACCCUAGCUCGCCUAGGGUUCCCGCGCGCCCUCGACGAUCCCACCGUCCGUUCCCCUUCCCCCCCCCCCCCCUCCGGUGGCUGCGGUUAACGCCACCGCCGAUUCCCUCCUCGGCCUCUACUUCGUAAUCCCCGAUCUCUUCUCCCCUGCCCUUUUGUUUUGAAUCGAGGCGCGUUGCUCUGGUUAAACGGUGAGUGAUUGUGUAUUUUGAGUAAAGUUUGAUGUUUCGAUCGUCUCUUUUUCUCAAGAAUCGCAAUGUCGAUUGAUCCGAGCGGUUGAGAUCAUUGUUUUCCAUGCCCUAAUUUAGUGGCAAGUUCCUGGGUUUUGGUUGCAAUGGGUGAUUGCGGGAUUCAUAUUAUGCCUAAGCGAAAAAAAACUUUGGUUUCUUGGAGAUUCCAAGAUGAUUAUGUUCGGCUGCCGAGAAAAACCCUAGGUUCGGAGAUCGAUGAUCCGUCGGACAUAGAGAGAGGAAAGGAAUUGUGUGAAGAUGGAGGAGAUACGAAAGAUCGGAAGGAUGUGAAGUGCAGAAUUCAAGUCGUGAUUAUGUCCAAACGCCGCAAAACGUUAGUUUCGUGGCGGUUCCAACGAUGUUACAAGAGACUGUUUUCAAAAGCCUUCAAUUUGGAGACCGAAUCAGUUGGAUCUUUAAAGAACCGCAAUACUAGUGUUCAAUUUAGUUCUAGAAUGGACGGAAUUGCGCCUAAUUUGGGCAAUGGGGAACCUCCUACAUCUGCAAAUUGCCAAUCAACUCCCGUCGGAGGAGAACAAGUUCUGAGAAGAUAUCCUUCACGUGUGAGAGUUUCGGCAGAAUGCAAUGUUUCUAGUGGGAUGGCGAAUGGUCCAGCGGAAGUAGCUAGUGGACAAGAUUCGGCAAAGACAAGAACUGCGGGCGAGCCAGUUACUUUUAAAGACAACAUAAUUGAUGAGAUUGCUACCAGAAAAAGCGUUAGGGAAUCCUUACGUGAGUUCCAAAAGAUUUACAGGAAGCUUUUGGAGGAGGAGGAGGAGGAUUCGAAGUCAAAGCAAACCAGGAUAGGUACUGCGCCUGAUAUGGUGGCAUUCAAACUCUUUAGGGAGAGGAGUAAUGGGCUGCAUGAUGAUAGGAAGUAUGUGGGUAAAGUGCCUGGGGUUCAUAUCGGAGAUGUCUUUCAUUUAAGAGUCGAGCUUUGUGUUGUUGGUCUUCACCGGCAACACCGGGUUGGUAUUGAUUACUUAAAUCAGGGUGGUAAACUUUUAGCUGUUAGUAUCGUCUCCUACAUGCAGUGUUCUGGCAGCAAGAAUGAUUUUGACAUCUUGAUAUAUUCAGGAUCUGUAAUUGCCACAAAUAAUCAGAAAUUAGAAGGCGGUAACCUUGCAUUGAAAAGAAGCAUGGAAACAGGAACGCCUGUACGAGUUAUUUAUGGUUUCAUUAGACACCAAUCUGACAAAUAUCGAGAAACCAAAACCAAGAAGCUUGCAACAUAUAUUUACGGUGGGCAGUAUUUAGUCGAGAAGUACUGGAUGGAGAAGAAAGAUGAAAUUUGCAUGGUUUGCAAGUUUCGGUUGAGAAGGAUUUCCGGGCAGGCGAAACUUGAUAUCCAGGAAAUCUUAAAAUCGAGAAGGUCCGAAACAUUCUCGGGUCUCUAUAUAGAUGAUAUUUCUCAAGGGAAAGAGAAGGUACCCAUUUCUGCAGUUAAUGCUAUUGAUGACGAGUAUCUGGUGCCCUUUAAUUACAAUUCAAAGAUUCAAUACCCUCUGCUGCAUAAGCCAACUCCUCCUAGUGGUUGUGAUUGUACUGAUGGAUGCUCCGAUUCUGAGAAGUGUGCAUGUGCCGUCAAAAAUGGAGGGGAGAUACCUUUCAAUAACAAUGGUGCUGUUGUCGAAGCAAAACCUCUCAUCUAUGAGUGUGGACCUUCUUGCAAAUGCCCGCCAACUUGUCAUAAUAGAGUCAGCCAACAUGGCAUCAAAUUUCCGCUGCAGGUCUUCAAGACUAAAUUAAUGGGUUGGGGAGUGAGAUCCCUUACAUUUAUCCCAUCAGGAAGCUAUGUGUGCGAAUAUGUGGGAGACCUCCUUGAAGAUGAAGAAGCUCAGAAAAAGACAAAUGAUGAUUAUUUGUUUGCUAUUGGAAAUAACUAUUAUGACGAAUCUCUUUGGGAGGGCCUUUCGUCGUCUAUUCCCUCCUUGCAAAAGGGUGCGCACCGCGAAGGCGAGGAGGGCGGUUUCGCUGUUGAUGCUUCUGAGUGCGGCAAUGUCGGGAGGUUUAUCAACCACAGCUGUACUCCAAACCUUUAUGCGCAAAAUCUCCUCUACGAUCACGAUGAUAUGAGCAUGCCUCACAUUAUGUUUUUUGCUUCGGAGAAUAUUCCACCACUAGUAGAGCUGACUUACCACUACAACUACACAGUAGAUCAGGUUUAUGACUCCAAUGGCAACAUAAAGAGAAAAAAUUGCUAUUGUGGCUCUAUUGAGUGUACUGGUAGGUUGUACUAACAACUGUUUUUUCAGGUGUUAUUUCACUGGAGUUAGUUUCCAUUUUCCAAAAGCAUUCUCUGUCAAGCUCUUCUCUAGUUAGUCUUGGAACUUGCUUUGGUAUAAGCCUGAAGAAAUCAAAUAAAGAACAAUUCCUAUGAACUUUUAUGUU